AUGCAAACUGUUUCUACAAACAUUUGUGAAAGAAUGGGUGGCUCUCAGGAGCUCAGUGAAUUCAAGCAUGGUACCGUGAUAGGUUGCCACCUGUGCAAUAAGUCCAUCCAUGAAAUGUCCUUGCUACUAAAUAUUCCACAGUCAACUGUUAGUGGGAUUGAAGCAAAGUGGAAGCAACUGGGAACAACAGCAACUAAGCCAUGAAGUGAAUGAGCUCAGUGCAUGCUGAAGCACUCAGUAUUCAGAAUUCGCCAACUGUCUGCACAGUCAAUAGCUAAAGACCUCCAAACUUUGUAUGGCCUUCAGAUUAGCAGA